AUGACCGGUCGCUUUACUAACAUCUUCUUGCCUUGUGGUUUUCUGACGGACAGUGCGAGCUUCACGCCUUUUGCGCAGCGUACCCAGCAGAUGAUCAAGGAGCAGCUGGGCCAAGCCGAAGACAAGACCCAACUGCCCGAUGAAUAUAUUGAGCUCGAAAAGCGCGUCGAUGCGCUCAAGCUUGUCCACCAGAAGCUUUUGCAGGUGACCUCGCAAUACUCCAACGAGGCCUACGACUACCCUCCCAACAUCCGCGAGUCCUUCAAUGAUCUCGGCCGCACCAUCAACGAGAAGGUUCAGCUCCUGUCGCAGGCUGGCUCCCCUGCCGAGGCGCAAGCCGCCCUGACUGCUCCUCCUUCCGCCAAGCCCCAGCCCAAGACUUUCAACCAUGCCAUCGCCCGCGCUUCGCUUGCCGGUUCGCAGACCCUCGCACAGAGCACUGAGGGUGAGGACCCUCUCGCCAAUGCGCUGGAGAAGUAUGCUCUGGCCGAGGAGAAGGUCGGCGAGGCCCGUCUCGCUCAGGAUGCUCAGAUCCAGUCCCGUUUCCUGGCUGGCUGGAACACCACCCUCAACACCAAUCUCAUGUUCGCCGCCAAGGCGCGCAAGAAUGUUGAGAAUGCCCGUUUGAUGCUUGACUCUGUGAAGGCCAGCAAGAAGGCCGCUGCUCACGGCGAUCUUGAUAACCUAAGCGAGGAUGCUCGCGCGGAGAUCGAGCAGGCCGAGGAUGAGUUCGUCGGACAGACUGAGGAAGCCGUGAGCGUGAUGAAGAACGUCCUUGAUACUCCCGAACCCCUGCGCAACCUGGCCGAUCUUAUCGCCGCUCAACUCGAGUUCCACAAGAAGUCCUAUGAAAUCCUCAGCGAGCUCGCCCCUACCGUGGACGCGCUGCAGGUCGAACAGGAGGAGCUCCGACAUCAGAUAUCCCAACUCCGAUCAACUGUCAUCCAGAACGCAGAGUACGGAGUACAUGAAUCGCAACUGAUUCUUGCAUACACUAACCUCCAGACACAUACCUUGACUCUGUUGUCGACCCGACAUCAAGCGCGCCACGCCAGGUCGAACCGUCGGCCACUUGUCCAUCCGCAUCGCCAAAGCAUCCGGCCUUCUGAAGCGAUUCGUACCGGUCCUGACUUCGCCUGCAAACGAUCGAACCUUCGGAUAUUAACGAAACUUUUGCCUCGGUCAUCGCCAUACCGCAUACCACGCCGAAGGAUACUCGCUCUACUCUGCGCUUUCAUUCGACAUAACGAGGAUCAUCACACAAGAUCGACAACAUGGCAAACGGGUAUGUCAUCUCUUGUCUAUGGGCUGUGGGGGAUAUGCUUUCUAUCGUAUCCGCAAGUCUAUGAGACUGGAUUCCUGAUUCCCGCGUUGAUCCAAAUCCACAUAUGGAGCUUGCUUGUCGGGCUCAUAAUCAUUGUCGCACUUUCCACUGCAGCAUGGUUCCUGAGCCCCAAGGGUGAAAACCAAACCCUGUUCCGGAGUACUAUGAUCCUUGCUUUCGUUUCUUGUUACUUGAUGUGGGCUAUUGUUUUCCUCUCACAAUUACAUCCCCUCAUUGCGCCAAAGCGCUCAGACAUCCGACCGGAUCGCGUACCGCAAUAG